GAAGCUACAUAGUGAUCUGAUUUUUGGAAACUGUUUUGUGUAUCCCAGAUGAAGAACGGAGAACUGAGACUCUUGGAGGUGCCAAACGUGGAAAGCUCUUUGCUGGGCGUCUUGCGGGUGACUCGGGCUGCACAGCUCCGCCCUUGUGGUCCACUUGGAAUGACUGGGCGGGCCUGAUUUGGCCCCCGGGCCUCACGUUUGACUCGGGGUUGGCAAGAUCCUGGAGGCGGGGUGGAGCUAUCUUGUGAUGGAGGCACCCACUGACCUCCGGGUCCAUCAUGCGUCUCACAGAACCGACACCACGGCGUCACCGUAAUGAAGCUUCACGCGACACAAAAUGAACCUAAGGACAAGUCGAGGUCACGACUUCAAAUCGUACCUGGCCAGCUCAUGCAGAGGUGGAAUGGAAGACGGAUGGAGGGCGCGGCACCAGCCGGACGUGCUGCUCAACAAAGCUGACAACGCCUGGAGGCCCUCGGUGAACAUGUCGUCCCGUGGCCUCGCCGAAGAGAAGGACCUGGAGGCGCUCAAGACCCAGAGGUUGUUGAAGCAGGUGCGGAGCAUCCUCAACAAACUGACCCCGGAGAAGUUUGACCAGCUGAUGAAGCGGGUCAAGUGCCUGACGGUGGACACUGAGGAGAGGCUGAGAGGGUUCAUCGACCUCCUUCACGAAAAGGCCAUCUCCGAACCCAACUUUUCGGUGGUGUAUGCGAAGAUGUGCCAGCAACUUAUCGGGAUUAAAGUCCAAAGCACCAACAAACCUGGAGAAUCUGUGACUUUCCGAAGGUUCCUCUUGCAGCAGUGCCAGAUGGAGUUUGAGAAGGACAACAAUGAUGAGAACCUGGUGAAGAAACAGAAGGAGCUGGACGCUGUGAAGGAGGUGGAAGAGAGGCAGCAGCUGGCUGAAGAGCUGGAGGAGGUCAAGUACAAAGCCAGGAAGCGCUCGGUCGGCAACAUCAAAUUCGUGGGCGAGCUGUUUAAGCUCAAGAUCAUCAAGGGCGCCAUCAUGCACAACUGCAUCUCCAAGCUUCUGAAGAAUUCUGACGAGGAGUCUCUGGAGUGCCUCUGCAAACUGGUGUCCACCAUCGGCAAGAUCCUGGACGUCAGCGGGAACAAGACUCUCAUGGACAGCUACUUUAAAACCAUCAGCAGAAUCGUGAAGGAAAAGAAAACGUCAGCCAGAAUCCGCUUCAUGUUGCAAGAUGUGGUGGACCUUCGCAAGAACAAAUGGGUGCCUCGGAGAGAAGACCAAGGCCCCAGGACUAUCGAUCAGCUCCACAAUGACCUGAAGCUGGAGCAGCACCGGGAGCAGCUGAAGAUGCAGGAAGUCCUCCUCUCCCAGCAGGAGUCCACGGUCAGCCCAAGACACAGAUGCGAGAAUGGAAGGCGACCGUGCGGGAGCCACACCUUAAUGGGCCGAUACAUGCCUGCGCACGACGGCUUCAGCUCACCGUAUUACUGGCCCGUGGAUUGGACACGCCUCAAAAACCUUCGGACCAUCCUUGACAUGACUGAUUUACCACUGAUGCCCGGAGGCGGAAGAAAUCUGUUGGUCUUCUGGAGGAAAGGCUGCGGGUACAAACCAGACAAAUUGACUACCGUGGCCUUCCAAGCUUACCACACCUCCUCCAAGGCUCUGAAGAAAGAAGAGGUGGAGAAGAAGUCCAAGGCCAUCAUCCAGGAGUACCUCAACAUCAACGACAUGGAGGAGGCUCUUCUCUGUGUGCAAGAACUGAACAGCAGCAAUUUGCUCUCUGUCUUUGUUAAAACCGGACUGGAGUCUACGCUGGACCAGAACACAGUUGCCCGAGAGCUCAUCGGCCUGCUCCUGCACCAGCUCAUCACAGAAGGCAUCCUGAUGACUCAGCAGUAUUUCAAGGGGCUCAAUGAAGUCUUGGAAAUGUCCGAAGACUUGGAAAUAGACAUCCCUCGCAUCUGGUUGUACCUGGCCGAGCAGAUCACGCCCAUUCUUGCCGAAGGAGGAAUCCCCAUCAAGUCGCUGUUUGAGGAGAUUUCAAAGCCUUUGAUUCGUCUGGGUAAACCAGAAGAGCUGGUGGUGGAGAUACUGAGGCUGCUGUGUAAAACUCUGGGUCCUGAAGGGGCUGGUGCCAUGUGGAGGGAGGCGGAGCUUCAAUGGAAGGACUUCCUCCCUGAGAGCACUGAUGUGGACAUGUUUGUCAGAGAGAAGAACUUGCAGUUCACACUCAGUGACCAGUCAGAGGAAACCACACAGGUGUUGAAGUCUGAAGAUCCGCCGGAGAUGAUGGUCCCGGACAAGGACGAGGAGAAGAUCGCUGACGAGGCUGAGGACUCACCUCUUCAGACCAAUGACCCGGAAAACAUCCCACUGGACUCUGAAGGAGAAAAGAAUCCAUCAGUUCCAUCACUCAAAGACUGUGACGACCAACUGGAACAAGUACCACCAACCCCCGCCAAGCCUCCUCUCACUAAAGAAGAGGUGGAGAAGAAAUCCAGCGCCAUCAUUGAGGAGUACCUGAGUAUCAACGACAUGGAGGAGGCUCUUCUCUGUGUGCAAGAACUGAACAGCAGGGAUUUACUUCAUGUCUUUGUUCAAACUGGACUGGAGUCUACACUGGACCAGAACUCGGUCGCUCGAGAGCGCUUUGGCCUCCUCCUCCACCGGCUCAUUACUGAAGGCACCGUCUCCACUGAGCAGUAUUUCAAGGGGCUCAAGGAAAUCCUGGAACUGUCGGAAGAUUUGGAAAUCGACAUCCCUCGCAUCUGGCUGUACCUGGCAGAGCAGAUCACGCCUGUGGUGGCCCAUGGAGGACUCCCUAUCAAGUCGGUUUUGGGGGAGAUUUCAAAGCCUUUGAUUCGUCUGGGUAAACCAGAAGAGCUGGUGGUGGAGAUACUGAGGCUGCUGUGUACAACUCUGGGUCCGGAAGGGGCUGGUGCCAUGUGGAGGGAGGCGGAGCUUCAGUGGAAGGACUUCCUACCUGAGAUCACUGAUGUGGACAUGUUUGUCAGAGAGAAGGCGUUGCAGUUCACAUUGGGUGACCAGUCAGAAGAAACCACAAAGGUGUUGAGCUCUGAAGAACAGCCGCAGAUCAUAUUCCAGGGCACGGACGAUGAGACAGUCGUGGUUGAGAUGGAGGAUGAGGUUAGUGAAGCUACGACAAGACAAGACAUGGAGCGGCUGGAGACGGUGAUGCCAGACGAACUGAUGCCCCAGAAGAUGGAGGAUCUGGAGUCGCGGCUCGAUGGUGAGUUACAGAGAACCCAAACUGACGUCAGCUUCGAAGACCUGACGGAGCAGGUGGACACGGAGACGGAGGACGGUGCUGAGUCAAUCCCCAACGUCACACAGACGGAGUUGGAGGAAGCCAAAUCUAUGUUGAGUUUUAAUGAACUGACUGAGCGGUCGGACGCUGCGUUCCAGGAGGAGUCAAAUGACCAGAGGAGUUAUGAAAAAAUGGAGGAUGUGGCGUGUGAGCUGGAUGACCAUGGAAACAACGAGCAGGGCUUUGAAGAUCUGACCGAGGAGCUCGACUCUGUGAGCCAAGACGAAGCCAAGAAGAUGUCAGAUACAACUGAGAAAGUCGAGUCGGGCGAUGAGUUGCCCGUCACACAGGGUGAGACGAGCUCUGCAGACCUGAUGGAGCAGCUGGACUCGAAGGUCGGGGAGGAGUCAGACGUGCAGAAGACCUCUGACAAGACUGAGAGCCUGGAGUUGGAGUUUGAGUCGGAGGACACACAUUCAGAUGUGGAGAUCCAACACCAGGCUGUUAGCCAGAGCAUUUCCUGCGUGAUCAAGGAUGUGGAGUUCAGUGAGGACUUCCGGCGAGCCAAAAGGCAGUGGAGCACUGGAGAGCUGAGCAGGCAGCUGGACGCCGUGAUUCAGGAGCAGCCGGACAACCAGAUGAUCUCUUACUGGAUCGAGGAGAACAUCGACGAGGAGCAGAUCUCCUCCCCGGUGUUUGUCAGGGUCCUGACGACCUGCGUCUGCCGCUCCGCCAUCGUCUAUGAGAGAGUCUACAAGGUGGAUUUGAAGCAGCUUUACCACCGAGCUCAGCUGCUGCAGAAGUAUCUGGAGGAUGAAGAGCAGCAGCUGCAGGCGCUGUACGCCCUGCAGGCCCUGAUGGUGGAGAUGAAGCACCCCAAGUAUCUGCUGCAGAUGUUCUUCGACCUGCUUCACGACUGUGAUGUCGUCACCAGAGAGGCCUUCUGUCGCUGGGAGUCGUGCUGCGACCCCGAGGAGCAGCUCGGCAAAGACGCGGCGCUGGAGUCUGUCGCCUCCUUCUUCACCUGGCUCAGAGACGUUGUGGAGAACAUUGAAUAUUUUUUCGUGUGAGUCGCGAAGAAAGAGGUGGCGCUCAUACCACGGCGGGUUACACUUGAGACGAGGCUGAGGACGGAACGCAAGCCCAGCCAGUGCGACCGUGGACAGACUGCUGGAGUGUCGUCUCAGCUCACAGACCAACUGUGAAGUCAGCAAGUCGUGUCCACCAUGCCUGCACUCUCUUCUUCACCGAUGCCUCAGGGGCUCUCUCAGCUGCCCCACCACUGCCACUUUUACGAUCUACAACUCACUGUAUCAUCAGCAAACAUCAUCAUCCAUGGAGGCUCCUCGCCAACAUCUGUCUGUCACUGCAUCACCAUAGCAACAAGAGGAGCUGAUCCUUGAGGUCUCACCUUGAAUUCCUCCGUCACUCCUUCAGCAGUCAUGUCCCACGCUCCCGCGAGACACACAAUCAAGAUCCUUUUGGUGAGAUUCGUUUAGAUUAGAUUAGAUUAGAUUAGAUUAGAUUAGAUUAGAUUAGAUUAGAUUAGAUUAGAUUAGAUUAGGUGAGAUGUUUUAUUUGUCCCAUGGUCAGGAAAUUCAACCUAUCAUUGCUGCCAAUGACAACAAAGCCAACGACAUCUUUGAACUUGGGUUUCAACUUAUCUAAAACCAUCGCAAGUUACGUGACCCCUGGGGUCAUAAUGUAAUGGUCGCCUUGUGUGUGUGGAAUGUAUGAAACUGACAGAACAGCGCCUCCCUGAGGUGGGCUACUGUAAUCACACCUGUUCGUCGUCAGUAGUAUAAAAAUAA